UGAGCAAUUUAUAAUUACAUAAAAAAAUAAGCUGAGGUUUAGAAAAUGACGGGUUUUUCUGAGAAGUUUACUCGCAUCUUACAAGACUUCGAAGAAUUUACGCGGGARCAACAAAAUGAACUCUUGAAAAGUUUGCUCCUGAAAUGCCAGCCUUUGCAGUUGCGUUUAUUGUACUCUCAACUAAAACGUCUGCUUGCUGUGGAUUUUGCCUCAUAUCUACCAAAGGAACUGACAGAAAGAAUUUUUUCGUAUUUAUCYGCAAAGACACUCUGCAGCAUUGCAAAAUGUAACAGGCUUUGGAGGGAGAGAGCAAACCACAACCCAACAUGGCAUAAGUUGUGUACCAAACGUGGCUGGGAUAAGUUUGGGGAUAAUGAAAGCAUCUCUCUCCAAUCUCUAACACUAUCAGUGAGACCUCUGUCUCCCUCUGCAUUGCCCUCUCUUCCCACAUUUCAUUUCACUGAAACGGAAAAUGUUUUAAACCCUGGGACAUGUCGAUGGAAAAGUAUUUAUAUCAGAGCAWAUUAUUUGCAAGAAAACUGGAGUUGUGGGAGGUAUACCGUUGCUCCUAUUUUGAGAGGACAUAAAGAGCCUGUUAAUGACAUUGAUAGCGAUGUGGUACAAAGUGACAAAUCCAUAAGGCUUGUUUCCAGUCUCUCUUGCUGUUUACUCAACUGGAACAACAAGAAAAUCCUAGAACAUUAUUUCAAAGAGUUCCUGACAUGGAGAUCACUUCAGAGCCAGUCUGGGGGUAUUGAACAUCUAUGCUACAAUGGGUCUGUAAUAGCUGCUGCUACAGCAGAGAGGGUUGUUAAAGUGUGGGAUUCUAUGACUGGUAAAUUACUACACACUCUUACUGGACACACUGAUGAGAUCCUGUUUAUGACUAUGUGUUCUGGUCAUUUGAUAACAACAUCAUGGGAUGAGACUAUUCGCCUAUGGGAUCUAAAGACUGGUCAUUGUCUGUUGACAUUACGAGGCCAUACUGAAGCUGUCUAUUGUUGUCAGUUUGAUGAGAGACGGAUUGUCAGUGGUGGUGGAGACAAUCUUGUUGUGGUAUGGAAUGCAAAAACAGCAGACAUUGAAGCCAAGUGUACUGGUCACACAGGCGAUGUAUACUGCUUGGCUUACAACGAGAGCAUUAUUGCCUCUGGGUCGUCGGACAGCACAGUGCGAUUGUGGAGUUUUGAAGGUGAAUUACUUCACACGUUGUGUGAGCAUAUAGGUAUUGUGCGCUGUCUACACUUAACGAAUAACAGGCUUGUAUCUGGAGGUGAUAGAAAGAAGAUUGUYGUCUGGGAUAUAAAGUCUGGMAAACAACUUAACGUCGUACACCGUAAUCCUACACUACUUCACGUAAUGUGGGCUGACGAAACGAAACUCAUUACAGCUUCACCAGAAAAGCCUGGUACCAUCACUAUUAUCAAGUACUGGUAACAAUGGAUUGGGCCUGGAUUUGAAUGGCAAGUUGGUUAAUCUAACAAUGUUGUGCUCAUUACCAAUCSGUGAAACAAAGCACCUUACACCUGAAAUAGGAGUUGUUUCACGGACUUUGGUMAUGAUUUCUAAAUGAGACGGUAUUAACCAGAAUUAGGCCUUGUAUCAAGAAACUGGCAUGUUCUGGUAUGAGCCCUUAGUGUGCAUGCGUAGAAUUUAAAUCAAACGUGGGAAUUCUAAAUUAUAGUGUUGCCAAGCAGCACUAAAAAAAGUUAAAAAUCGUCAAGUCUGGCGAGCUUUGGAACCUACGAAGUGAGUGAUUGCUAAAGAGACAAAAUGGGAUCAAAACGAUUGUGGGAAAAUCGUUAGAUGACAAGCUAUGCCAUCUUACAAGGUUGUUCAUGGCAGAGAAACAAUAUUUUAGUGUGUGUUUUCCAAGGAGAAGAAUUGAAAAAUCGCCGAAGCUCAGACAUUUCAUAAAGUUGCAUCAUUGCUGGGUCAUGCAAUUUUUCCAAGAUUUGUCAGACAAAAGGAAGAGUUUCAGCCGUGGCAACUACCCAGUUUGGAUGCUACAAUAGUUUUAGUUUGUGUGGACAUAUUURUAAAUUGACACCUGAAGUUGAAGAUAUUUCAACUGACGAGACUGGGCACCUAUGUUUUAGUGUGUUUAACMAAGAAAGGAUCUAAUCUUUUGAACGGGUAUUAUUAUCAUAUGUACAUAUCAGGUAAGACUUCAAUCAAGUCCAGAAAUUUGGAAUUUAAAUUUCCUUUAAAAUUUAGAAACAAUAGUAGCCUGAGUAUCAGGCUCUCUCGAAGGGGUCYCAAACCCCUGGGAGAGAGCCUGAUACUCAGGCUAAAAUAAUAUCUGAGAUUGGCAAUGCAUAUCAUGUUACAGAAUAUCACUUAACUYGUUUCAGAAUAGUAGUGUGUGGGCUACCUGUGCUCUCUUCAAAGAGCGCGCCCUAGAGUCUAAAUAUUGUACAAAACCCAUUUUCUACGGAAAGGAAAAAGACAUAAAAUGCGUACGCAGAUAAAACGAUGUUACAUAAAAAUGUAGAUAGAGCUGGACCACUCUAUAGAGAUUUUACAUGGCUUUUAUCCGCAGGAUAACGAAUCAUUUGAUGGAUAAGGGCUAUUCAUCUUUCGUGCAAUAAACUAACACUUUCCGUUUGCCAUCACAAGCUUCAUGGCCGUCUUUCAUUGCUAAACUACGGUAGUCGACCAUCUCCUUUUGCAAUAGAGAAACUUUCCUGUUUUUUAAACAAUAAAGGACGGAUCGCCGUUUAUUUGCGYUUAUCGGUGAAAAAUAGCACGAGGGGAUGGUGGGAGAACACAAAAGAGGACUAAAAACUUUUUGCGAUUUUGACAUUAUUUAUUGCUUUUAUGAUAUAGAAAGAAGGUCACGCUUGUGAACGUGUAUUUUACGACGAAAUAAAUCACGCUAUUGGACCGAUCAGAGCGGUCGUACUAUUACAUCUAUAUUGUAACACCGGUGAACCAUCAAAGUGAACAUGAACGUGAAYAUUCUUUAACUUCAAGCCUA